UAGUUGAAAGAAAUAGAAAAUAGAAAAAGAAAAUCAUAAAACCCAAAACAUAAAUGGGUUUUCUCCAGAGCACAAAAUUUUACCAAGGAGAAAACCCAUAUAUGCUUCUUCUUCUCACCCUGAACUUCGAUCUAUAAAAAGAGGUGCUUGUGCUUCUUCUUGUAGUAGUAGUAGUAGUGAAGGAUGGCGAGACCGUGGGUACUGGUCUCUUUGCUAUUGUUAAUUGUGUUCACGUCUCAGUUAGAGUGGAAACAACAAUUUGGUAAUGAAAUUGAAGCAAGUCCAAACAUUUCCCAGAGAGACCAACAACAACAUAGUUCGAAUCGAGAAGAAGUUGUCAAAGAAAAGAUAAUCCUUUCUCAAGAAAAGAACAUUCAGAAACUUAAUGAGCUUGUCCAGAGUCUCCGAGAACAGUUGCAGCACUGUAGGAGUGAAAAUUACAUUGUCAACAGCACUGCAAUCCCUUUGACUGAACAUCUAAAUGGAGUUUGAACAGCAACCAAUAUUGGAGGACUAAACAUGGACCACACACUUUUAACAUUGAUAUGUUUGGUAUGUGCUUUAGACAAACCUGGUAUUUCUAUCCCGGCAAUUUAACUUUACUAGGAGAUGAUCCCUGUUAUUUUAUCUGACUCGUAUAAUACAGUCAUUAUCCACAAUUUCGUAUGUUAAUAUUAAGUGGAUUUAUAAAGCCUGUACCUUAGUCUUCACCAUUUUGGAUGAAAUCUAUAAUAUUCUGCAACCAAUCUUAAUUUAUUCA